ACUGCGCUAACGUCACUAUCACAACGACUUUUCGUUUUUCCUCCACCCCCCUAAAAACUGUCACCGCCCUCUUUCCCCUGGGUUGCUUUUUGUUAGAUUGCUAGCUACCUACUAGGCGUAAACGAGUGUGUGGUUUGUUACGCUGUUUGCGUUAGCCGCGUAGCUAACAUAAGAUAACCAUUUGUAAGUUAAAGCUUACUUUGAAAAGCACUGGGAAAAAGACUAAGUGUUUGUGGCCCUAACGUAGCGUAGCUCUAUAGAAACCACUCCUCUUCGUCCUGACGCUGAUCUAAAGACAUGAAGUGGAGAGACAAAUAAGGUUUUGGUAUUUUGUGAACAGAACAACUGUUUCUUCAGUGAAUCCUGCAUCUGUAUCCUCAAGACAUAUGGAGAGCUUUGUUUUUUGGAAACUGGAAGGCAAGGAUAGCCUAGGAGCAACAGAUGUUCCAUUGUUGAUUUGUGUACGUUUAUUUACCUUGGUUUCUUUGGGUUAGUGAAGAUGCCACAAAUUGUGUGAAGUGAUCAACAACCUUACAAGAACUAAAGGAAUUCCAGCUUAACAGCAAGUCUGAAGAGGAAGUGGCUUGGAAACAACCUUGGCGUCAUAAGGAUGACUUCUGUACAAUCUUGCACUUUAAAUAUCUGAGCAAAAGAGAGGACUUCUACAAACCCAAGGUGUCACAAACCAAGGCUAGGUACCUAAUCUAACUGUGGAAUGUGUUGGAACAUUUUCAAGGAGUUCAUACUGGAGCAACAGCUCUGGGUGUUCAGAAUAAAUUGCACAAAAUGGUUAAUCUUUACAGAAAUAGACUGUUGGAACUCUUUAACGACCAUGAAGUGAUAAAAUCAAGUUCUUUAUCAUGCAUUUUUCCAAGAGUUAAAUGUUGCACUAACUCUGUAUAAGGGACUCUGCACUUUUAAUGAUUGUCACAGUGGCAAAAGGUUAUUCAGUCCAUCACUCAUUACAUUGUACCAUUUCCCAAAGCCUUUCCGGUCAGUCUAAUUAGUUCUGCACAUUGCUGUCUUACAUGUUUUAUGUCAAAAAGGUGACUUGCAGAGGCUUAAUGAUACAGAAAGAUGUUUCCCUUUCCAACAGUAUCUUCAGAAUGACCACAAUUAAAAAAAACAUAUUUUUAAUUGACUGAGUUCCCCACACCCAUAAAAAGCUAUUUUGGUAUUACUGUCGCCGCUGCAAUCAAAACCCUUUCUCCUCUUAUCAUGGAAUACUCCCUGGUGGACUAUACCAGUUGUGGUGAGCAGGUAGGUGGGGCAGCUGCCUUCAUCUGUACUGAAUGUGGGGAGGGUUUCAGCCACUACCCUGAUCUUCUGACUCACAUGGCUGUACAUGGGCCUGUGGAACCCUUCCCGUAUGACUGCCACACCAAUGGCUUUGGGGCACCUCUUGAGUUUGCGCUCCAUGAAAAUGGAAUGCUUACAGUGGUUAACCGGUCAGCGGCAGAGUUUAACUACACUUCACCUCCCAUUGGUAAACCUUCCUCCCCAAUUUUAGCAUGGAGUCAAGCCUCCCCUCUUGCAUCUCAGCCAACCCCAAUGAUACUAGCAUCUACUCAAUCCCCUCGUUUGGAGUCCCAGCCUACUCCUGUGAUUCUCUCUACCCCUCAUGCGCCCCUGAUGGAGUCCCAACCAACCUCUGUCAUUCAGGCCCCACCUCAUGCACCCCCUCUUGAAUCCCAACCUACACCUGUAAUUCUGGCAGCUCCUCAUGCCCCCCCAAUGGAGUCCCAGCCUACCUCUGUCAUUCAAGCCACUCCUCAUGCCCCCUCUAUGGAUCCCCAGGCCUCCCCCGUGAUCCUUGCAACACCUAAGGCAGCAGAGAGCGGUAAUGGUGUUAACACCCUUGUUCCUCCACGACCUGCACGCUUCCGAUGUGAGACAUGUAGCCAGGUAUUCAGCACGCGGCUAGCCUUACAAAGACAUCAGCGCUACCGCACGUUGGAACGGAGCUAUAAGUGCACCUUGUGCUGCAGAGUCUUUGGUGAACGAGAGGAGUUGCGGCAGCACCUUCAAGAUCAUGCCCAUGAGCGAUUUUAUAGCUGCAAGCAAUGUGGAAAGCGUUUCCUUAAACAGGAGGCCUUACGAGCUCACCAAGAUGAAAGGCAUGGCACUGCAGGGUCCAAGCCCUUCAGGAAGUUUGGAGAAGGCCAAGACAACGCCACUGACAAGUCAUAUCCCUGUAAGAUGUGUGGACUACGUUUUUUCUGGCUUUCUGAUUUGCAGAGCCAUUUGCUUAGUCAUGCUCAUGGAAAAAUCUCUCAUGUCCCCUCUGUGUCCACAUAUUCUCCUUCAGCCACCCAGAGACCUCCCAUGCAGAAGGAGACAGUACAUGAUACCCGUAGUAAACCCAAUAUAGAUAUGCCUGCCUAUAAGAAAAAUUCAAGUGAAACAAAUGUCCCGAAUCUCAAUACCACUUUCAGACCUUACCGCUGUGGUUUAUGUGGGAAUCGUUUCCAGCAAUUAUCUGACUUAAAGCAGCACCACCUCUCUCAUCAGGCGCAGGAAGAUUUAGUAAACCUAGAAUCAGCAAAGCAGCCAAUUGAGAGUAGGGCAGCUAGCAAGGAGACAAAACCGCGGGGUAGGCCCCCACGUGGGAAUCAAGCUAACCACAAUGCCCGAGUGUAUCCAUGCAAACUCUGCCACCGUGUAUUUGUGCAUUCCAGCAGUCUUUCAAGGCAUAUGCGAUACCACAAGGGGACUCUGCACACCUGUGUUUUCUGUGGGAGACACUUUCCACAGCGUUGUGAUGUAAGGAGGCAUAUAGCAAUGUAUCAUAAUUCGGAAGUACCACCAUCAAAGCCCGAGACAGAAGGAGGUGCGGUAGAAAGCAAAAGGGACCAGAAAGAUCAAGGGACGCAAGUAAAGCUCACAGUGGAGAAAAGCACAUCCGAAAACAAAAGGGAAAGCAAUGCCUUUCCUUGCUCAAAAUGUGGAAAUACAUUUUCAGACAAAUCUGAAUUGGACAGCCACAGCUGCAAUAGUCAACAUCCCCCAGAUUCCAAAGAAUCGUCCUCUUCACCAAAGCCUCGGGUGACCUUCCAGUGUAAUGAUUGUGGCAAGGGCUUUGGAUUGCUAUGUGUUUACCAGCGUCACCAGCGUUACCAUAGAAGGGAGCUUGCUGGUGAGGUGCACAAAUGCCCCCAUUGUCCACGCCGAUUCCAGCACGCAUCAUCCCUCAAGCGCCAUCUUGACACUCACCAAAAUCAAUCUCCGGGGAAAGAUGACAAGGAUGUGCAAACAUCCUCCACUACCACAUCCAGCCAGGACCCUGCCUUAGCCUUGGAACAUGAUGAUGAGGAAAUGGAGGAGGAAGAAGAUACAGAGGAGGAAGAGGGUAAUGGAACAGCCCCGGCAGAAGUGCUGUAUGAGUGCACAGAAUGCACCCAGACCUUUUCUUGCCUGGCCACGUUCCUACAGCACCAGAGUGCUCAUGGUUCAGAUAGUAUUGGGUGAUAUUAUCACCUUCAUAAACGCCGCUGUGUGGUCCUUGACUUUUCAAAUAUGUUGGGAGAAUUUUGAUUGCUAAUUAAUUAAAUGUUGAUU